AAAUCAAGCUGCCUCGCUUACUUUUUUCCGAACUUCCUCAUUUUCAGUCCACUGCAUUAAAUGAAAUGAAUCCCCCCGCUGAUUCUUUGAAUGCUUCAUCAUAAUUCACGAGAACUCCAUUCAAUUUCUCCAUUCCCACACUUUAACAAUCACAUCCAUUCUAAUGAUCUUAUCCUCCCAUUUUCUCGGAAUUCCAACUACCUCGUCGCCGGCAACCAGUAAAUAAAUUGGGGUGAGGAGGAGACGGCCAUCAAAAUGCCACAAGAAAGCUACAACAAUUCCAUAUUCAACUCCCCCAGUAAGAACUUGAGAGGACUAAAGGGAUUGAUCUACAACACCGCCAACGCCGAUGAAAUCAUCAGCGAUCGCGAAUUAGCCCAGAGAAAAGCCGAAGAAGCAGCAUCAAGGAGGUACCAGGCGGCGCAAUGGCUGCAGCAGAUGGAUCAGGGCGGGUCGGAGGUCCUCCCCAGAGAACCGACGGAGGAGGAAUUCUGUUUGGCGCUUCGCAACGGACUCAUCCUCUGCAACGUCCUCAACAAAGUCAAUCCGGGCGCCGUUCACAAGGUGGUGGAGAAUCCGGUGCUCGACGUUCAGGCUACGGAGGGUGCGGCGCAGUCUGCAAUUCAGUAUUUCGAAAACAUGAGGAAUUUUCUUGCUGCUGUUGGUAAAAUGAAGCUCCUCACUUUUGGAGCGUCUGAUCUUGAAAAGGGAGGCUCAUCAGGCAAAGUAGUGGACUGCAUUCUCUGUUUGAAAGGAUAUUAUGAAUGGAAGAAAUCUGGAGGUAUUGGCGUCUGGAAAUACGGUGGAACAGUUAGAAUCACGUCACUUGUGAAAGAAUCACCUUCCUCGGCAGUGAGUAGCGAGAGUGCAGAUGAAUCAAUAGACGAUUCUGAAUCUUCACAAUAUGAACAGCUAAUGGAGUUCCUUCACUUAUCAACUGACUCACAUGAGGAUUCCAGGGUGGCCAAUAUACUCACUUUCAUGUUCGAUCAUUGUAGUCUUGGUCUUUUACAAUCGUAUCUGACUGAAACCAACGGAUUUAAUGACUUGCCUUCAAGUUCAAUGGUCAUUGAUAUUGUGCUCAGAAAAGUCAUUAAGGAUUUCUCAGCAUUGUUGGUCUCUCAAAGCAAUCAGCUUAGCUUGUUUUUGAAGAAAGUCUUGAAUAGUGAUUGUGGCUCUCUGACAAAGACGCAACUGCUGGAAGCCAUAUCAAAGUACCUAAGCAGAAGGAAAAGUUUUGUAACACAAGAUAUUUCUAACUUUUGUAUCUGUGGUGGAAGAAGUGAUGGAGCACGGCCUAGGAAUACUAAGCCUCAUGUUGGUGUAGAACUUCUUGAUAUUCAGCAAAAACAAUUAGAGGAACUUAAAGCUCUUUUUAAGGAAACAAAACAAGAAGCCCACAAAGCUCAACUUGGAUGGGAGAAAGAAAUAGAAGGCUUGGGCCAACAUGUCAAGGGCUUAGAAGUAGCUGCGUCCUCAUAUCACAAAGUUUUGGAAGAAAACCGUUUUCUCUAUAAUCAAGUUCAAGAUCUAAAAGGUACCAUCAGAGUCUACUGUAGAGUUAGACCAUUCAUCUCAGAAGACUGUAAUGAGCAGUCGACGGUUGAUUACAUUGGAGACAAUGGAAGCAUAAUGAUUGUGAAUCCUGUAAAGCAGGGUAAAGAUGCAAGAAAAGUUUUCUCAUUCAAUAAGGUCUAUGGGACAAAUGUGACACAACAGCAUAUAUAUGCUGAUACCCAAUCAUUGGUCAGAUCUGUUCUGGAUGGUUUUAAUGUUUGUAUUUUUGCAUAUGGUCAGACUGGGUCUGGGAAGACAUAUACCAUGAGUGGCCCUGACUUGACAACAGAGGAAACAUGGGGAGUGAAUUACCGUGCCCUUCGUGACCUGUUUCAAUUUUCAAAGGCCAGAAUGGACCUCAUAGAAUAUGAGGUAGGAGUCCAAAUGAUUGAGAUAUACAACGAACAAGUGAGAGAUUUGUUGGUCUCUGAUGGAAGCAAUAGAAGAUUAGAGAUUCGUAACAAUUCUCAGCUCAAUGGUCUAAAUGUUCCUGAUGCAAGUCUUGUUCCUGUGAAAUGUACACAAGAUGUUCUGGAUUUAAUGAGAAUUGGACAAAGAAAUCGUGCUGUGGGUGCCACUGCUUUGAAUGUGCGGAGUAGCCGUUCUCAUAGUAUUUUGACAGUUCACACUCGAGGAAAAGAACUAGUCUCAGGUUCAAUGCUCAAGGGUUGCCUUCACUUGGUAGAUCUCGCUGGGAGUGAGAGAGUUGAUAAAUCUGAAGCUAUUGGGGAGAGAUUGAAGGAAGCUCAACAUAUUAACAGAUCUCUUUCUGCUCUUGGAGAUGUCAUUGCUGCUCUUGCACAAAAAAGUUCUCAUGUGCCUUACAGGAAUAGCAAACUAACUCAAGUCUUACAAGAUUCUCUAGGAGGACAUGCUAAGACGCUGAUGUUUGUGCAUAUAAACCCAGAGGUUAACGCUCUAGGGGAGACGAUUAGCACUUUGAAAUUUGCUGAAAGAGUUUCCACAAUAAACCUUGGGGCAGCCCAGUCAAACAAAGAAACCGGUGAAAUUAGAGAAUUCAAGGAAGAGAUCUCAAACCUCAAGCUAGUAUUGGAGAGGAAGGAAGCAGAGCUGGAGCAAUUGAAAAAUCGCACAAAUAUUCGAGGUGGAGUAUCACCUCUUCGCUUACCUAAAGUAAACAGCAAUGCCGCUUCGAAGGCUGAGACCAGUCAGCAGCAAUUUGAUACUCACAGUACAGAGGUGAGAAGCUGUUCCACUGGUAAACAGAGAAGAUCUCGAUUGCCUUCAAAAUUUACGGACAAGGAUUUUGUAACAAAAGGGCCUUUCCUAACUGAAGAGAGAUCAGUAGGCUGUAUAAAGGCUCGAUCUCCAUCUCCCCCAAUUAGGAGAUCAAUAUCCACUGAUAGAGCUGCCGUCAUCAAACAAAGAAUAAAGUCCGAUGCACUUGAUAAUCCACCAGUCAUAAAAGUUCCAUUUCCAGCAAGUCUUUCAGUUAAUAAAUCUGUUGCCAAUAUGCCUUCAAUCAUACCAGCUGCAGUGAACAUACGCCAGAUGGGUUCACAAGAGCCAUCUUUGCCCAAUGCUAUGAACAGUUGCCAGAGAGUGACGCUACGAAGGGUUCAGCCGGAAAAUGAAGAGGAGCAAUUUAAGCAAGCACUAAAUAUACGGCAAGGUGGCAUCAGAAAAACAAAACAAGAGAAUAAGGUAAAAACCAAGCAACAGGCAUCUUCUAAAGUUCACAGAUCAAUGGUUGCAGAAGCCGUGCUUUCUGAUGUGGCCGAAGGUAAAAAGCAAGAGACUGAAAAGGCUGAUUUCUUAGAUCCUGAUAAUGAGAGCGGACGCUUUGGGUUGACAACAUGUGAUACCACUAGGUUGAAGAAGCUACAUAGGAACUUCUCGAGGAACUCUCAAAAUGUUGAACCAAGUGAAAUAAUCCGGGCAGUGGAUCCCUCAUUGGGCGGAUACCAGGAUCAUAAAGUUGUUCAGAAUGGAAAGGAAGCAGGGCAGCAUUCAUCUGUGCCUCAAUUCCGAAGGAGUAAAUCGACUCCCCGAGGAAAAUUUAUGAUUUGAUUGUGAACAACUCCAGAGCAUGUGGUCAUGAGAAUCUGUACAGAGAUUUCUUUGCUCCAUUCCAGAUUGCAGUGCUCUUUCCAGGUUAAGUGAUUGGUUUCAGAUAAAUACCGAGAAACGAUCUUGUUUUUUUCUUUUUUACUUAUAGUUUUGAUACGUCAUACGUGUAUCGAUGUGCAUAUUUUUGGAAGUUGUUGAUCUUUACGGUUUCCUCUUUUGUUACCCCUGCCUUCUACGGAAAUGGACUGUUUACCCAUUAUACCAUCUCAGACGAGAUACAACGUCUUUAAGAAAUAGAAUGAUGAUUUACCUAUAUUUUUAA